CGACAUUUUUUAGUAGAUGUCUCGGUUUGCUGUUAAAUGCAAACAAGACGUAGACAUUUUCAUCCAGGAAAGGUAAAAGGUAAAAACCUAUUUUCACACGACGGCAGAAAUCAAAAUCGUCGUCUUCUUCAAAUCUUGGAAAUGGCUCCCAAAUUAAAAUCUUUGCUUUUGCGGUUGUUGUCGAAAAACAAACUCGACAAUACUACCACCGGCGCUUCUUCUUCGCCUUCUCCACCACCACCUCCUCCACCUCCGCGUCCAUCGUCGCCUCCGAUGGCGGCGUCUCCUCCUCCACCACCGCCGACGUCGUCCGCCACCUCAAUUCUCUCCCGCAAUUCGACCCGCCAAGCUUUCCCUUCUCGGAACCUCAAUCCGAACCCGACCCACCUCCCUAACCGUCCCAAAGUCCUUACCUUGGCCACUAAAAGCUCCUCCCACGACAAAAACACGCCCGCCGACGAGAAACCCACGAGUUCCCCGACGUCACCGCAGCUGCCGCUUUCCCCGCCGGAGAAGAGAUCCUUCGGGGUGGUCACCGGCGAGCUUUUCCUCGGAAUUGCCACAAGGAUUUUGAAGUCCAGCCAACAGGGGGGCUCCCCUCCUUCCGGCGCGGGCAAUUCCGGCAUCUUGAUGUUCGAUAAGUCGAAUGGGAAUGUCGAUUACGAGGAGAGGAUUGGGAAGGUUAUGGAGGACGAGAUUCAGCCGGAGGUUAUUUGGGAGCAGAGGGUUAAGGAUGUGGAGGCGGAGGAAGAGCGACGAGUUGUGACGAGCCCUGGCUUUAGUUUCUCUGCUGCUGGGUUGCUCUUCCCUUACCAUUUAGGGGUCGCCCAAUGCCUUAUUGAGAAAGGCUACAUCAAGGAAACUACACCACUGGCUGGAUCUUCUGCUGGUGCCAUCGUCUGUGCGGUGAUUGCCUCUGGCGCUACCAUGCAGGAAGCGUUAGAAGUAACGAAAACCCUGGCUGAAGACUGCAGGCUAAGAGGCACUGCAUUCCGGUUGGGGGCAGUUCUCAAAGAUGUGCUAGGAAAGUUUCUUCCUGAUGAUGUUCACAUUCGGUCAAAUGGGAGGGUUCGAGUUGCUGUGACCCAAAUUCUGUGGCGGCCUAAGGGUUUGCUGGUAGAUCAGUUCGACUCCAAGGAAGACCUCAUAAACGCAGUUUUUACUUCCUCCUUCAUUCCUGGGUAUCUUGCUCCAAGGCCUGCCACCAUGUUCCGCAACCGACUUUGUGUAGAUGGGGGAUUGACGUUGUUUAUGCCUCCAACAUCUGCUGAUAACACGGUAUUUGCUUGGUUAUAGCGAUCACGUCUCUCAACCCCUCAUAACUUAUUGGGAACCAAGUGAUUCAAGUAAAAGUGAAGCAUGCUGAGUUGGUGCUCUUAACCAGCGCAUUUGUAGUAGUUUCUAUCACAAUUUGCUUUUGAGUUGAUUUCUGGUGUUUGAGCAACUCACUUUGUUCUUACUGCAACAGGUUCGAGUAUGUGCUUUCCCAGCCAGUCGAAUGGGACUCAAAGGAAUCGGGAUCAGUCCCGACUGCAAUCCUGAAAACAGGGCAACUGCAAGACAGCUUUUCAGUUGGGCACUGGAGCCAGCAGAGGAUCACGUUCUCGACCAGCUCUUUGAGCUCGGAUACCUAGAUGCAGCCGUGUGGGCUGAGCAGAACCCAGUUGAGCAAGUCGUCCAGGACGACGACAGUUCGUCCCUGGGAAGUGCAUCUCCACUAUAGCAGCUUCUGAAAUGUAGCAACAUCCUGCGUCUUGACAUGGAAGAACAGGUGAAGAUAUGUAAUGUUUAUGUUUGUACAGUAUAGGGGACAUCUCAGUAGGAAAGAAGUCUUGAAUAGGAAACUGAAAAUUAAAGGAAUGACAUAAACUGCAGCUGUACAUUCAAAGAAUGGUAUGUAUCAAUGAAGAAUAUUAUCACCAAUGUGAUUGCAAUUUUUUUGGUACGAGACAAUUACAGAUGACAGAGGGAACGCGUCUUUUAUCAAGUCGAAAUGAUGCAUCUAAACUCGUACUAAUGAAUACAUAUGUGA